AUGGCUUAUUUAGUACAGCCAGAUUAUGUAAAGUAUGUCUGCAGUUGCGGACAAAUGAAACCGAUAACUAACUUGUAUUUUUGUCGUCAUUGCUUAAAAAUUCGAUGUGGAUUCUGUAUAUGUCAUGAGGUUGACUCACAUUACUGUGCAAACUGCCUAGAAAACAUGCCUUCAUCCGAAGCAAGACUGAAGAAGAACCGCUGCAGUAGUUGUUUUGAUUGCCCAAGUUGCUUUCAUACAUUAUCAACCCGUGCUACUAUGGUCCAGCCUAGACAGGACCCUGCCUCUGGUGAUGCUAAGGUUGAAAAUAAGCAGCCAAAGAAAAUGUACUAUUUGUCAUGUUUUAAUUGUCGCUGGACAUCCAGGGAUGUUGGUAUACCAGACCAACCUGUUGCAUCUGGUGGUUGGCCAGAAAGGGUAAACCCAUUUGCAAAUCGGUUUGCACAGUUGAUGGAAUAUUAUAAGGCUAUAGCACAACAAGAGAAACAAGAAAAACUUGACAAAGAAAGAAAGAAGUUCGCUAUCAGAGGAAACUAUAUCACUCUUACUGAUAAAACAGGCCUAACUGGUGCCAUGGCUCGAAAUAGAGCCGGUAUGCCAUCUAGUGAGAGUACUUCUAGUGCAAUUGCUAACUUUGUGACGAGUCAGGCCACGGAGGAAGUUGAUGAAUUGCCAGAUAACUACCACACCAGGGAGGUUAACUUAAAGAUGAUAACAACAAUGCCACAACGUUUAGCGUCGCCAGAGUGGCAAGCCCAACAAGUAUCUCGUUUACAGCCAAUUGCUCGUCCUCUCAGUGUGAAAAGAAGUCAGCGUUGCAGGCAGUGUGACCACAACCUUACUAAGCCUGAAUAUAAUCCUGGCUCUAUUAAGUUUAAAAUUGAGUUGCUUGCAUUCUACCAUGUUCCAGAAGUGAAGAUUAUUUCAUAUGAGACAAUAAAGCCAGGAGUUACAUCAGCAUUGCUUCUGAAGCUGACAAAUCCGACAGCUCAUGAAAUGCAAAUACAACUCAUACAACCGAAUGAAGUGCCCGAAAUUGAAGAGAAAGAAGAACCGAAGAAUAUUGAGAAGUCAUUGGAGAAAUCACUAAACUUAGAAAAGGACAUGUCUUGGAAGUCAGUUGUGGAACGCAAGCCAACUUUGCCCUCUGCAAUAAAAGUGAAUAACCCAGAGCUAACCUUUACCCUUGCUCAAAGAGACGAUGCUGCUGAGUACGAUGAUGAUUCGCAUCAUGACACCAAUGACAUAAUACUCUGGAGGAAAUCCAACAAGCUAGCACUCCGUCUGCAACUUACAACAGAUGAAAGUGCCAAAGCGGGUCUUCCGGCAGUUGCUGUGAUUGCUUUACAAUACACAUAUCGAAACACAGUACCACCCACUUCCACUCAGCCCAGAGACCACACCCUCUACACCACAGUCACCAUAGAUCUUGGAAUUGUUUCUCAAUAG